GCCUGGCGCCAACAUGGCGGCCCGUCUCUUGCCGACCGUGCAGCGUGGCGAGGGAGCGUGCUCAGCAGCGCCGCCUUGGACACACCCGGCGCCAAAGUGACGGGCUUCCUGUCCAGGACGCUGAAGCAGUCUCUUCGGAGAAACUCGCUCCCAUCCCAAAGUGUUUCGCCAGAGCAGCCUCAACAUGGCCGACAACAGGCGGGUGAUGCGGCGACUGCGCUGCGGCAGCCAGGAGUCACUCUUAGGCGCAGGGGGCGUGGCCUCCUUGGAGCUGAAGAUGGACCAAUCGGUGAUCAUCAAGCCGGUCCAUUCGUCGCUGCUGGGCCAGGACUUCUGCUUUGAGGUAACCACCUCCACGGGGACCAAGUGUUUCUCCUGUCGCUCGGCGGCGGAGCGAGACAAGUGGAUGGAGAACCUGAGGAGGGCGGUGCAGCCCAACAAGGACAACAGCAGGCGGGUGGAGAACCUCCUCACGCUCUGGGUCAUCGAGGCCAAAGACCUGCCCGCCAAGAAGAGGUACUUCUGCGAGGUGUGCCUGGACGACAGUCUGUACGCGCGCACGUCCUGCAAGAUGAAGACGGACAACAUCUUCUGGGGCGAGCGCUUCGACUUCAGCAGCGUGCCGGCGGUGAGCGCGGUGACGCUGCACAUCUACAAGGACACGGACAGGAAGAGGAAGAAGGACAAGAGCAGCUACGUGGGCCUGGUCAACAUCCCCGUUGUCACGGUGACGGGGAGGCAGCUGCUGGAGAAGUGGUACGCAGUGAGCAUGCCCAGUACCAUCAGAGCCAAGUCGAGCGUGCCCACGGUGCGGGUGAAGGCGCGGUACCAGAGCGUGGUGAUCCUGCCCAUGGAACAGUACAAGGAGUUUGCAGAGUUCAUCAGCGCCAACUACCUGCUGCUCUGCAACACUCUGGAAGCUUCCAUGGGUCUGAGGGCCAAAGAGGAGCUGGCGGCGCUGCUGGUGCACAUCCUGCACAGCACCGGCAAGGCCAAGGACUUCUUGACGGACUUGAUGAUGUCAGAGGUGGACCGUUACCGUGACAACGAUCAGCUGAUCUUCAGAGAAAACACCCUGGCGACCAAAAGCAUCGAAGAAUACUUGAAGCUGAUUGGACAGAAGUACCUGCAGGAUGCACUGGGUGAGUUCAUCAAGGCUCUGUACGAGUCAGACGAGAACUGCGAGGUGGACUUGUCUCGCUGCGUGACCUCGGACUUGGCGGAGCACCAGGCCAACCUGAGGAUGUGCUGUGAACUGGCCUUCUGCAAGAUCCUGGACUCUUACAGAGUGUUCCCCCGGGAGCUGAAGGAGGUGUUUGCGUCAUGGCGACAGGAGUGCGGUAACCGGGGGCGACCGGACAUCAGCGAGCGGCUGAUCAGCGCCUCGCUCUUCCUGCGCUUCCUGUGUCCGGCGGUGAUGUCGCCCUCGCUCUUCGACCUCAUGCAGGGUUACCCGGACGAGCGCACGGCCCGCACGCUGACGCUCAUCGCCAAGGUCAUCCAGACCCUGGCCAACUUCAGCAAGUUCGGCUUGAAGGAGGAGUACAUGCUCUUCAUGAACGACUUUGUGGAGCGGCAGUGGAGCAGCAUGCAGCGUUUCCUGCAGGAGAUCUCACACCCCGACGCCCUCAACCACACCGCCGGCUUCGACGGCUACAUAGACUUGGGCAGGGAACUCUCAACCCUGCACACCCUGCUCGCCGACCUGGACCAGUCGUGUCUCUCAAAACUCAGUCCACUUCCACGGAUCCUGAGAGACGUGUCUGCAGCGUUGGCCAACCCAGGGGGCGGGGCUUAUCCCGGCAAAGUAGCGCCGUCCUCUCCAGAGCUGCAGCGCCUGGUGUCUCCGCCCCCUUUGUCCCCGCCCCUUUCUCCUCCUCUGGCCGCCUGCAAUCCCUCACUUGGCCAGCAGUGCGGCGUCGGAGUGGACGGGGGGCUGGUGGACUUCACCAGGCUUCCUUCGCCGACUCCGGAGAACAAAGACUUAUUCUUCGUGACAAAAGGUUCCAGUCUGCAGCCGGCGUCAGGCCCGCGCGGCUCCCCAGCGCCCAGCUCCUCCUACUCGGAGCCCAACGACGAGGCGGCGUUCGACCACGCCAACGGGGGCAGGAGGGAGGGGCCAGCGAUGACGGCGGAGAGUCGCAGCCUGUCUCUGAUCGACCUGCAGGACUCCUCCCCCGGCGACGCCCACGACGAGAGCCAAUGGCAGCGCAGGGCGGGGCUCCUGCCUCUGUCCUUCCAGAACCCCGUCUACCACAUGUCGUCGCGGCCGCCCGAGGCCCCGCCCCCCGACGGCCCGGUGACUUCGCAGGGCAACGCCGACGACCGACACGCGGCGCCCGCCAAGCCGGCCUUCCUCACCCAGAUGUCGGUGGGCGUGGCCGGCGGCGAGCGAGGGGAUCGGAUGUCGGCCAUGUCCAGCAGCAGCAGCGGGGAGGAAUAUUCCAGAAGAGCGCUCUCCGAAACACUCCCAGGUAGCUCCGCCCCUCCCCGUCAAAACUCCUCCGGUCCUCAGCGACGCAUCGACCAACCUCCUCCCCCCUCCUCCGCCCCCCCGGGCCCGCCUCGGGGACGCACGCCUCCCAGCAUGCUCGGCGGCGGCGGUGGCUCCGCCUACCCUCCUCGCCCCGCCUCCGGCAGCAUGAUGUCAUCGAGUCCCGAUUGGCCGAGCAGCGGACAUUCGCGACUGCGCCAGGCCUCCUCCUCGUCCAAAGGCGACAGUCCUGAGAAACAGCGGCCCGCCACCAAGGCUCCAUCUCCAUGCGCCUUGGAUCGCACCGCCGCCUGGCUACUCAACAUGAACUCCGCCUCCUCCUACGCCGAGACGGAAGAUGAGCGUCACGACGACGCCCUCGUUGAAAGGUACCAGCAGGACAUCGCACUGCUGCAGGAGAAACUGCGCGUGGCGGCGCUGCGUCAGGAGGAGUGCGAGUCCCGCCUCCUGGUUCAGGACCAGCAGAACCAGCGUCUGCUGCAGGAAUACCAGGCCCGGCUGGAGGACACAGAGAGUCGACUGAGGAGGAUGCAGGAUGAUAAAGAUCUCCAGAUGAACAGUAUCAUCAGCAGGUUGAUGGCGGUGGAAGAGGAGCUGAAGAAAGAUCAUUCUGACAUGCAGGCGGUGGUGGACUCCAAACAGAAGAUCAUUGAGGCCCAGGAGAAGAGGAUAGUGAGUCUGGACGCUACCAACGCUCGCCUGAUGGCGGCGCUCACUCAGAUGAAAGAGCGUUACGGCGUGACGUCGCAGAGGAACGGCCUGUCGCCUAGCAACACAUCAUCCUUGCAGAUCACGGAGAACGGCGAGUUCCGGAAUUCGGGUAAUUGUUGAGGCGCCGACGACAGGAAGUACUCGCUCCCUUUGUGUAGUCAAGGACAUGUGACCUUUGAACUUUGGUCCUGGCCACGCCCUUUUUUGAAGGACACCUUGGAAGCUUGACGCCGUUUCCUGUUUCCUGUUUCCAUGCACGGCUUCCUGCUUCGUGUGCCGUGCAGCAGGAAGCAUGCAAAGCUUCAAAAUAAAAGACACUUUGCUCCACGGUUGUAAAGUUCCCACAAUCUUAAAUUAUUCUUUAGAAAACUCUUGUCUUUCUUCUCUUUUCACCUUAUUUGGUUUUUUAGACCGCUUUACUUCCUGCUUGUAGCUGAAGCCUCACACCGGUUACCAUGACAACCAUCAGAAGAUUCCAAGUGUAAAAUGUCCGACAACACAUUCUGAUUUUGUAAGUUGACUCCUUAAAGACAAACCUUUUAUUUCACUCAAAUGAUUGAAUUGAUAAACUUUAAUAAAGUAGUCAGUCCUCCACAACCAACAAGUGAGUCCUGUCCCUUUAAGGAAGUAGUUCUAAUCUCAAAAUGCUUCAGAAACCAAUAUAAAAAGACCCAAAGCUGCAAAGCAUCAUUGUAGACCUACACAAGACUAACAAAUUGUUUUAGGAUUUCUAAAUUUACACAAGACUAAUGGGCUUUCACAGGAUCAUUGAAUAAACCUACACAAGACUGCAAUCAACAUGUUAAAGGAUUAUUGUAGACCUACACAAGACUACCAGGCUAGUAAAGGUUUAUAGACCUACACAAGACUAACAGGCUGGUAAAGGAUUAUAGACCUACGCAAGACUAACAGGCUGGUAAAGGAUUAUUAUAGACUUACACAAGACUAACAGUUUGAGGAUUUUGUUGAUUUAUACAAGACUAAUUGGCUGUCAAAGGAUUAUUGUAUACCUACAAGACUAACAAGCCAUUUAAGGAUUAUUGUAAACCUGCACAAGACUAACAGGCUGUCGAAUGAUUUUUGUGGACCUACGCAAGUCUGACAGGCUGGUAAAGGAUUCUUGUAGACCUACACAACACGAAAAGGCAAUACGAGGAUCAUUGUAGACCUACACAAGACUGCGAUCAACACGCUGUUAAAGGAUUGUAGAUUUACACAAGACUAACGGGCUGCCAAAGGAUUAUUGUGGACCUACACAAGACUGAUACGUUUAAGGAUUAAUUUAAUUUUACACAAGACUAAUGGCCUUUCACAGGCUCAUUGUAGACCUACACAAUACUGCAAUCAACAUGCUGUUUAAGGAUUGUUGUGGACCUACACAAGACUUACAAAUUGUUAAAAGUAUGGUAGAUUCACACAAGACUAACAGGCUGUCAUAGGACUACUGUUGACCGACACAAGACUACCAGGCUGGUAAAGGAUUAUACACCUACACAAGACUAACAGGCUGGUAAAGCAUUCUAUACUUACACAAGACUAACAGUUUGAGGAUUUACACAAGACUAACGGGCUGUCAAAGGAUUAUUGUAGACCUACACAAGACUAACAAAUUGUUGUAUUAUUGUUGAUUUGGGGAAGACUAACGGGCUGUCAAAGGAUUGUGGACCUACACAAGACUGAUACGUUUAAGGAUUAAUUUAAUUUUACACAAGACUAGUGGGCUUUCACAGGCUCAAUGUAGACCUACACAAUACUGCAAUCAACAUGCUGUUUAAGGAUUGUUGUAGACCUACACAAGACUUAAAUUGUUAAAAGUAUUGUAGAUUCACACAAAACAGGCUGUCAUAGGACUACUGUUGACCAACAAGACUACCAGGCUGGUAAAGGAUUAUUAUUGAUUUACACAAGACUAAUGGCCUGUCAAAUGAUUAUUUUAGACCUACACAAGACUAACAAAUUGUAUUAUUGUUGAUUUGGGGAAGACUAACGGGCUGUCAAAGGAUUAUUGUGGACCUACGCAAGACUGAUACGUUUAAGGAUUAAUUCAAUUUUACACAAGACUAAUGGCCUUUCACAGGCUCAUUGUAGACCUACACAAUACUGCAAUCAACAUGCUGUUUAAGGAUUGUUGUAGACCUACACAAGACUUAUAAAUUGUUAAAAGUAUUGUAGAUUCACACAAGACUAACAGGCUGUCAUAGGACUACUGUUGACCGACACAAGACUAACAGGCUGGUAAAGCAUUCUAUACUUACACAAGACUAACAGAGGAUUUUGCCGAUUUACACAAGACUAAUGGAGUGUCAAAUGAUUAUUGUAGACCUACACAAGACUAACAAGCAUUUAAGGAUUAUUGUAAACCUGCACAAGACUAACAGGCUGUCGAAGGAUUGUGGACCUACACAAGACUAACAAAUUGUUUUAGGAUUUCUAAAUUUACACAAGACUUGGGCUUUCACAGGAUCAUUGAAUACACCUACACAAGACUGCAAUCAACAUGCUGUUAGGAUUAUUGUAGACCUACACAAGACUAACAAAUUAACAGUAUCGUAAAUUCACACAAGACUAACGGGCUGUCAAAGGAUUACUGUCAACCUACGCAAGAUUAACAGGCUGUCAAACGAUUGUAGACCUACACAAGACUGUCACACGAUUAUUGUAGAACCGCACAAGACUAACAGUUUGAGGAUUGUUGUAGACUUACACAAGACUAACGGGCUGUCAAAGGAUCAUUAUAGACCUACACAAGACUAACAAGCCAUUUAAGGAUUAUUGUUGACCUACACAAGACUAACAGGCUGUUGGAAGAAUUGUUGUGGACCUACACAAGACUAACAGGCUGUUGGAAGAAUUGUUGUGGACCUACACAAGACUGCCUGGCAGGUAAAGGAUCAUUGUAGACCUACACAAGUUUGGCAACACUUGAAUUUGUCACAAAACAAAGAUUUGUUUGAAAAUGUUGGUCAAUAUUAGUACUUAAAGUCCACCAGUACAAGAAAGUACUUUAGUUGAAGUACAAAAUGAGAACUGCAAGAUAAUACAAGUAUUUUACUACAAAAUAAUCUGACUUGUUUUAAAAAUUUUCCUCGAAUAAUUAGUGUCAAAUAUUUGAUAAAAACCAAGCAGUGUUGACAUUCCAGUAAGAAAGUUCACUUCCAAAACCAGAAGGGGAUCAAAAUACUUUGUAAAGUUCCACAUUGUGUAUUUUAUCCAAAGUAAUAUACUAAAUAAAUCAAGUAUGAUUCCAUUCGACUUUCAGUUUGCAAACAGGAAGUAUUUAUUUAGUGAGUGAUGUCAUCCAUGUCACAUGACCACACUUAGAGCGCCUCCAGGACUCUCUCCAGGGGGUCUGUGGUCCAGUACUCCUGGUCCCAGUCCAGGAACCAGCCGCUGAAGGUGGGCGGUUCCCAGCCCUGUUUCACCGUCACUAUGGGAGUGCCAGGGUCUCGCUGGGCCGGGUCGCUCUCUAUGUACCUUGAAGCUGGACCACACCAGAACUUAACUUCCUGUUCAUAGGACUACUUCCUGUUCCAUUCUUAGGACUACUUCCUGUUCCACUCACCUAUUGCUACCGCCUCCCUUUUCUCUCGACUGUGGGCAUCCUUUCCAAUCCAAACGAAAACCUGCAAGACAAACGUGUUGUCAGGUUUUAUGUUAGUUCCCGAUGUGGUCCACAUCUGUAUUUGCUUGAAUGGUUUGUAGCAAACUUUAUAACGAACAAAAAUUUGUGCUAACAGUCAGCAAGCUAGCCAUUAUCACAUUAACAAAAAAAUGUUGUAUACUUCCAAAAUUGGUCAAAAAAAAAAAAAAAAAGGUAGAAUGCUAACAUUAACGUGUCGGGGAAAAAAACAGCUAGCAUUGGUAAACAUUAGCAAGAUGUGGACUAAUGUUUAUGCAUGCAAAAAAAUGCUAAAAAAAAACAAAUGAGAACAUGCUAAUGUUAGCAUGCUAACUGUUAACACGUGUAAGAGCCAAAUUAUCUGACGAGUUGGUUGUAAAAUUUGCCCAAAAGAAAAUGCUAUUUUUCCAACAUUAUAUAUUUUGACACCAAUAUAUGAGGUUAGCAUGCUAACAUUGUGUCGAAACUUAGAAAAAAAAAAAAAAAGCUAAAAAAAAAAGGGAAAAUGCUAACGUUAGCAUGCUAACUGCCAAAUGAUGAGUUUGUUGUAAAAUUUGCCCAAAAGAAAAUGCUAUUUUUCCAACGGUAUAUACUUUGACAGCAAUAUAUAAGGAGGUUAGCAUGCUAACAAUGUGUUGAAUGUUAGAAAAAAAAAAAAAGCUAACGUUAGCAUGCUGACUGUUACGUGCCAAAUUAUCUGACGAGUUGUUGGUUGUAAAAUUUGCCCAAUAAAAUGCUAUUUUUCCAACGGUAUAUACUUUGACAGCAAUAUAUAAGGAGGUUAGCAUGCUAACAUUAACGCGUUGAAUGUUAGAAAAAAAAAAAAGAGCUAACGUUAGCAUGCUGACUGCCAAAUUAUCUGACAGUUGUUGGUUGUAAAAUUCGCCCAAAAGAAAAUGCUAUUUUUCCAACGUUAUAUAUUUUGACACCAAUAUAUAAGGUUAGCAUGCCAACAUUAACGUGUCGAAUGUUAGAAAAGAAAAAAAAAAUGCUAACUGUAAUGUGCCAAAUUGACGAGUUGUUGGUUGUAAAAUUUGCCCAAAAGAAAAUGCUAUUUUUCCAACAUUAUAUAUUUUGACACCAAUAUAUAAGGUUAGCAUGCUAAUGUUGGCAUGCUAACAUUAACGUGUCAAAUGUGGGGGGAAAAAAAAUGCUAAAAGAGAAAAUGCUAACGUAAGCAUGCUAACUGUUAAGUGCCAAAUUAUCUGACAAGUUGCUGGUUGUAAAAUUUGCCCAAAAGAAAAUGCUUUUUUUCCAACAUUAUAUAUUUUGACACCAAUAUAUGAGGUUAGCAUGCUAACAUAAACGUGUCAAAUGUUAGAAAAGAAAAAAAAAUGCUAACUGUUAAGUGCCAAAUUAUCUGACAGUUGUUGGUUGUAAAAUUUGCCCAAAAGAAAAUGCUAUUUUUCCAACAUUAUAUAUUUUGACACCAAUAUAUAAGGUUAGCAUGCUAAUGUUGGCAUGCUAACAUUAACGUGUCAAAUGUUGGGGGAAAAAAAAAUGCUAAAAGAGAAAAUGCUAACGUAAGCAUGCUAACUUGUCAAGUGCCAAAUUAUCUGACAAGUUGCUGGUUGUAAAAUUUGCCCAAAAGAAAAUGCUAUUUUUCCAACAUUAUAUAUUUUGACACCAAUAUAUGAGGUUAGCAUGCUAACAUUAACGUGUCAAAUGUUAGAAAAAAAAUGGUCAAAAAAGCGAAAAUGCUAACAUUAGCAUACUAACUGUUAAGUGCCAAAUUAUCUGAUGAGUUGCUGGUUGUAAAAUUUGCCCAAAAGAAAAUGCUAUUUUUCCAACAUUAUAUACUUACACUACCAAUAUAUAAGGAGGUUAGCAUGCCAACAUUAAUGUGUUGAAUGUUAAAAAAAAAAAAAAGCUAAAAAAGAGAAAAUGCUAAUGUUAGCAUGCUGACAUUUAAGUGACGAGUUGUUGGUUGUAAAAUUUGCCCAAAAGAAAAAUGCUAUUUUUCCAACGGUAUAUACUUUGACACCAAUAGAGGUUAGCAUGCUAACAUUAACAUGUCGAAUGUUAAAAAAAAAAAAAGCUAAAGAGAAAAUGCUAACGUUAGCAUGCUAACUGUUAAGUGCCAAAUUAUCUGACGAGUUGCU